UGCUGUUUGUUGUCAGCAACUUCCAGAGCAUCGCACACAAGGGCAAGAGUCGGCGUGUUCUUCUCGAAUCCUUCUCGUCUCCCUUAAUCAUCUGUAGACCGUCGCAGCGACCCACCUACAAGUUCGUGAACUUCGUUCGGCUCCAACUUUUUUAGCUAGAGAAUGAUUUGAGCGUCAAGUUUGCUAUGCGUUCGUGCUUUAAUGCGUGCAAGAGAAGUUGUAACUUGGUGAGAGGAUUUCAUGUGGGCAAGCAUUUCUCCAACUUCAAUUCUGAGGAUGUUGUCUUAAAAACAGUUUGUGCUCAGUUGAGGCAAAGGAAGUGGAAACAUGUGGAGCAUAUUUUGCCGAAUCUCAGUAGUUCGUUGGUAAGUCGUGUUAUUUGUGAACUUCAAAACUCCCCCCAGUUAGCAUGGGAAUUUUACAAAUGGGUGGCAGGCAGGGAGAACUAUGUACAUUCAUUAGCUUCUUCUUGUUCUAUGAUUCAUGUCUUGGUACGUGGGAAGAGGUUUAAUGAUGCAUUAUUACUAAUGAACGAUUUAAUGUGUGCAAAAGGCAUGUUGCCGUCGCAGAUUUUGCAAGCACUGCUAAGUAACUGUGAAAUGUAUGAUUCAACUCCAGCUGUGUUUGACGCAUUGGUUAGGGCAUGUACCCUGAUUGGGGACACAAAAGGUGCUCAUGAGAUUAUUCAGCAGUCCAAACAGGCUGGCUUUAUGGUUUCCAUCCACGGUUGGAAUAACUUUUUUAGUCAUCUUUUGAAGCAGAAUAAUAUUGUCCAUUUUUGGAAGAGUUAUAAGGAAGUGGUCUCAAAUGGGUAUAUUGAGAAUGUGUACUCUUUCAAUUUGGUAAUACAUGCUCUUUGUAAGGAAUAUAAAUUACUGGAAGCAGUAUCAGUUUUCUAUCGAAUGCUGAAGAGAGGAAUUUGGCCUAAUGUGGUCACUUUUAACAUGAUCAUUGAUGGAGCUUGUCGGAUGCAUGAUAUGGAACUUGCACUCAAGCUUGUCAGGAAAAUGGGAAUAAUGUCGAGAGAGCAUGUUCAGCCUAAUUCAGUCACAUUCAAUUGUAUCAUUAAUGGGUUCUGCAAAACAGGGAGGAUGGCUGCUGCAGAAGAAGUUUUUAAUGAAAUGAUUACUCUAGGUAUUGAGCCAAAUGUUAGAACAUAUGCAACUCUAAUUGAUGGUUCUCCACGAGUGGGGAGUUUGAAUGAGGCAUUCCGAUUGUGCAGUGAAAUGGUGAUGAGGAGAUUGAUGCCUAAUUCUAUUGUCUACAAUUCUUUAUUAUAUUGGCUUUACAAAGAAGGAGAUUUGAAGGGUGCAUCUUUAUUGUUGUCCGACAUGAUUGAAAAACGUAUAUGCCCUGAUAGUUUCACCUACUCUAUCCUUCUAGAAGGGCUGUGCAGUAGUGGACAUAUGAAUGAAGCUAUCAAAAUCCACAAGCUUAUGCUAGAAAAGAACCUGGCAGAAGAUAAUUCUUGUUACAAUAUUCUAAUCAAAUAUCUUUCUAGAAGCAAGCAGGAUUUGGGAGCCUGGCAACUUGUGGGCAGCAUGUUUGUCCGUGGUCUAGUUCCUGACAUUGUAACAUAUGGCACUUUGAUCGAUGCGUACUGCAAGGAGGGGGAUAUAAGACUGGCAAUUGAAGUUUAUGAUAACAUAGCCAAGUUGGAAAAACAUCCUAACCUUGUUAUAUACAAUUCUGUUUUAAGUAGUUUCUGCAAUGUGGCAUUAAUCGAUGCAGCAGAAUCUUUGGUGGAUUCAUUGGAGAGGAUGGGAUUGUUCGAUUCCAUAACCUAUAAUACUUUGUUACAUGGAUACUGUAUGAGUGGGAAUGUCGACAUGGUAUUUAAUUUGGCUUCAAAAAUUGGCGAUGUAAAUAGUAUGGUGAACACAGUCACUUACAACAUACUGAUAAACUUUCUCUGCAAAUUUGGUUGCAUGUCACAGGCAAAGGAACUUUUAAAGGUUAUGUGUACACGAGGAAUGUUUCCUGACUCUGUAACUUAUACUACUCUUAUAAACAGUCUCAAGAAAAGUUGCAGUCCACAGGAAGUGAUUGAAUUCCAUGACUACAUGGUCCUCAAUGGAGUAAUUCCAGAUGCCUAUACAUUUGAAGUAGUCGUGAAGCCAUUGCUUGAAGAGGUGGAUAAACAUACUGGAAGUUAGCAUGGCUGAACACAGUUUAGCAAUGCAAGCUGCGUGCACAACUCCAUUGUGGAAAGAUAGUUACCUUAAAUUUUUGAACUUUAGUUCUCUCAAAAAAUCUCUCUCCUCAAUGGAGACCAAGCUGGUCGGGUCAUGUGAGAAAUUGAAGUUUUCUCACUAAGCGGGAUGGUUUGCUUGUGAUCCAUACCAAGAACAUCUCUCUUCUUUUGUCGAUCAUCCUUUUGCUCUAUUGGACAUGCUCUUCUUGUUUGAUCUGUUGAGGACCAAGGCUGCGUACUAUUGCUGUUCUUUUUAAUUCAUUUCCUUGUAGAGCACAGAGAUGGGAUGACGUCACUGGGACAUGGAUUGAACUGCAAGAUAGACGGGUUUGUUCAGGUUACAAAAUUUCUUAUAUGAAAGUUGCUGCAUUAUACACACUGCAAAAAUGUUUUACCUGGCGCACUAGCUGGAUGACUUGUCAAUCUAGCUAUGUUCUUGUUGACGCCUAAAUUUUGGCGAUCCAGUUAGUCGUUUAUUGCAUAUAAAAAUUAGGGAUCGACCCCGACCUCUAAACAAAAAAUAUUAGUUAAAUUGCAUAUAGACACUCGGAGCAUUUCAUUGAUAGUUAAUUAAGCCCAUGGUGUGAGAAAAUUCAGCCUAGCCCAUGAGUAUUAUAAGAGCCGAAAUUUUCCCAUUGGAUAAUUGAGCAAUUAAUCUUGAUUAUUAUUCAAAUCUUGAAAGAUAAUUGUUCGAUUUGGUUUGAUAUUAUCAAGAUUCUAAGAGAUAAUAAAAGUUUCAUAUCAGUAAAGUGUAUCUCUUAUAAUUUAAAAUUGGGAAUUUUAAUCUAAACCUAGUACUGUAUAAAGGGACGUCCAUUCACGUUUGAAGGGAGGGAGGCCACAUAGUAGAACACAAGGCCACAAAAUUUGACACACGACAGAAAAGAGAGAAGAGAAGUCGUGAUAGAUGGCCAUAAUAGAGAGAAAAACAUGGCAGUGGCCUUGAAGAUGCUGAUCCAACAUUGAUGUGUGUGGUCUUUCUUGUGAGUGCGGUUUGACUUGGUCAAAGCAUCCACUUGCGGUCAAAUUCAAGAUGCCCACCUGGAGGAUUUUCGUGUCCCUCGCACGACACGGGUGAAGAACGGACGCUCCCUGCGUGCUUGCUGUUGCCAUCUCGCCAUUGGACCUUGCACUCACGCUGCUGCUGCGUCAGUCUCGGCAACGCAACUUCAACGACACUGACGCUCGCUGCCUUCAUACGAUUCAUCACCACGAGUCCCUCGGUUUGUCUGACAAACGCCGGAGUUGCUGUCCCCAUCGCGAGGCUUCCUGCACCAGGACAUCCGCCUGCACCGAGAAGCUGCCCGCUGCCAAGCCGAGUCCCACUGCGAGCUGCUCCUCGCCGAGCCAGUCUGUGGCUUGGAAUUUCUCUAUUUUGCAGGUUUCUCUAAGCUUUUCCGUGAAUCGAGGCAACCAUUGAAACGACCAGCAGCCCCCGUCGCUGAACUCCGUGAAGACACUCAGCCUAGCACCUCAUCCGCGGCUGUCCAACGCCGGUCAUCCUUCUAGCCUCAUCCGCAAGCCAUGAUCCGGUUUGAUUCCAAUAAGAUUACACGUGUUCAAAUUAGGCUGUGCACCUUUGACUGGUAAAAAGCUGCCGCUUUCAGAUAUCAUCCCUGCAGAAUCACUCUGGACAUUUUUUCAGAAGCAUGUACUCUUCCUUGAGUUCAGUUUGGACUGAGAAGUGACAUUUCUCAGUUUCUUCUACUUCAAAGGGAAAAAAUGGGGACAGUCAGCGGAUAAAGAGGUCAACAAGAUGAUCAAUCACAUGGUGUAGAGCUUCCAUGAUAAAAAAAAGUAUCGUGCAUUCUUCCCCCGAUGCAGCACGGGUGCCUCUUUGUACAGAUUUCGGUACACUGACUUGGUGUAGAACCAUUAAGGAGAUCACUUUCUUAACGAUGCGGUAUUGAUGUUGGUGGUCUUUCUGUGUCUACCUCAAGGGGUCAUUGAAUCCACGAUUCCCCAAUAAGAUGGGAGUAAUUUUUUUAGUGAAAGAAAUGAUGAGUUGUUUGUAAUGAGUUCAGAAAUUUAACCACCAAGACUUUUUAUUCCUUUUGGUUUCACUAAAAGAUCGUAUUUUGUUGACAUAAAUCAUAUGAAAGCUUAAUGGUUAUCUGGUA